AAGCAAAUGAGUGGAAACUGGGCUGAAGAACUGCGACGGGAAGCCCGUCAGCUGGAAAACGAGAUUGACACAAAGCUCGUCUCGUUCGGCAAGCUCGCUGCUGGGUUUUCAGGGCUCGAUCAUGCAACAUCGUCGUCGCAGGCGGAUGGCGUCCCGCUGCUGGCGGCGUCGACAAGCGAACAUGUGGCAGACACGAUGGCAAUUGAGCUGGAGCAGUUGCUGGUGAAACUGUCCAAUGUGAACGAGGCCAUGACCGAACAUGUCAACAUGAGCCAGUUUUCAAACCCCGCGCUCGUGCACACGCUGCAGCGGCAUCGCGACAUCCUCACAGACUACACCCAAGAGUUUCGAAAAACAAAGUCCACGCUCCUGGCCAAUCGAGAGCGCGACGACUUGCUAAACUCGGUCCGACGGGACAUUUCGUCCUUCAAGGCAAGCUCGGGUCUCCAACGUCGCUCCGACUAUUUCGCCAAAGAGAAUGAGCAUCUUAUGAAUUCCCAGCGUGUGGCCGAUGAUGCCAUUGGUAUCGCCAUUAACGCCAAGGAGUCGAUGGCUCAGCAGCGAAGUACCUUUCAAAACAUCAACAACCGAAUGGGCAAUGUUUUCAACCGCUUUCCCCAGCUCAACAACCUCAUGCAGAAAAUCAACUUGCGCAAACGGCGUGACGCUAUUAUUCUUGGUCUGGUCAUUGCAGCAUGCUUAAUUUUCUUGCUGCUGUUCGCGCUUCGUCGUUGAUGCGCUCGAUGUUUUUUUGUUGAAGCGCUGUUUGUUUUUUUUCUGCUUGAUUUUCUUCACUUCAAUUGCUUGAUCGCUGCUGUGUCACGCUUAUUGCUAUUUCUUUGCGAUUGCCGUUGCUUUUGGAGAGCGGGAAGACUUUUUUUUUUUAAGUUUGAGACGUUUUUUUGUACUCUGUAGUUGAUUCCCUGCUCGAGUGCCUUUGCACCCCGAAAUGCGCGCAUCGUGUGUUAUUUUUCCCUGCUCCUGUAAAUGUGAUUUGUAUGUAAUGUGACAAUAGACGGGACAGUUUGGUCGAGCAA